AUGAAGCUGGAGGAGGGACUGUGCAGGGCCGUGCAGGAAUGGCAGCACAUUAGCAACUCUGACCGGAUGAUCUACUACGAGAUGGCGCAAAAGUUCACGGAAUUUGAGGCCGAGGAGGAGAUGCAGAUUCAGCAGUUGCAGUGGAUGCACUGCACGCAGGGCCUGCCUCCUCCAGCCCCACCGAAGCUGGAUCCUCGGGGGCCCCCAGCCCCGAAAGUGGGCCUUCAGCCAGCCACCCAGGUUCCCACUGGAGUUGAACGCACAGCCUGUGCUCCCAGGAUGUCCAGCCCCAGCGCCCAGCCCUCCCACCCGAAGCCACACAGGUCCCAGCGACCCCCGGAGCCCAAGGCACCCGAGGAGAUUCCACCUGAGGCUGUGAGGGAGUAUAUGGACAUCAUGGAGGCGCUGGUGGGGCCCGUCCACUCAGCCACAGGCGACUCAGAUGGAGAAAGGGGAGAGGACGGAAAUGAGAUGCAGCAGGAAGAGGACGGCACCUACUCGGACCCGGAUCUCUUAAGCUACAUUGACAAGCUGUGUUCCCAGGAGGACUUUGUCACCAAAGUGGAGGCAGUCAUUCACCCUGGAUUCCUGGCAUAUUUGCUUUCCCCAGACCCACAGCUGGAUCUCUUGGCCCUGGAGAAGGAGCUGGAGCAGGAGGAAGGGCUCACCCCCGAAGAACUGGUGCAGAAACGACUCCUGGCCUUGAAAGAGGACGACGGUGUGCGGGCAGCCCCGAGUCAACAGUGCACCCGGAAUGCGCUCAGGCCCAAAGUCUUUGUUCCCUGUCGAGGACAUCAGGAGGUCUCUCCAUUCCGGGCCGGACGGCCCUCCCCUCCCCAGGAUCAAAGGCGCACUGGCCCUCUCCUGGGACCCAGGGAUGCAUCUCUUCUCAGAGAGGCCUCUCCUGUUCGGGAGGCCCGAGGGCCCAGGGACGGGUCCAGUGAGGACGAGGAGGAGCUCUCCAGCCUGGCCUUCCUCUCUGGCUCUCUGCAGAGCCUGCCGCCUUUCUGGCUGUCCCAGAGUCCUGUGCAUGCCUCAGGCCUGGCCUCCCCUGGAGGUUGGGGGGCCCAGAGUGCUCCUUAGGCCCCCUCCUCUCAGAGAAGAGGCCUCAGCCCAGCUCCACCAGCCGCUCCCAAGUCGAGGAAGUGGGCUCUGUGUGGACGCCCAGCCGCUGCUGAGAAGCUGCCCAUCCCCGGGGCUGGCCUCGGCGUCUCUGGGAGGCCAGCCUUGGCUCUGGGGCUGGCUCACCCCUCACAGACCAGAAAGAGAAAACGUGACCCGUUUGUCACAGAGAAGCGUGGGUGGAGGAAGAAGCAGCACUGCAGCCAGUAG